GGAGCUUGUGCAUGUGCCUUCUGCAUAUGCUCUAGCUCGUCUCUCACACCACACCCUUCACAUUCAUUUCAGCAGCUCUCUGAACUACUUUCCACUUAGAUUUAUCGACCGCGUUUGGAUUACUGCUUCAUUUGUAGGAACAGAGGUUUCAGGUAUCAUGGCUUCAGGAAGAACAGCUUUGGUGGCAUCCGUGCUACUGAGCUGCAUCGUCGUUUCGUCUGCCUUCAACAUCACCACCAUGCUGAAUCAGUUUCCCAGCUUUAGCCAGAUGAACCAGCUCUUGUCUUCGUCCGGAGUCGCCAACGACAUCAACGCUCGCAAGUCCAUCACUGUCUUGGUUGUUUCCAACGAUGUACUCAAUGCAUUCACCGCCAGCAACCCCAACGUCGACACUGUCAAGAUGGCCGACUUAUUGCGUUACCAUGUCCUCCUGCAAUUCUUGGGGAUGGACGAGCUCAAAGCACUGCCCACUUCCAAUUACACCUCCGUCACCACUCUCUACCAGACCACUGGCAGAGCCAACAACAACGACGGAUUCCUCAACAUCUACAACCUGCCAUCCGGCUUUCUCAUCGGGCCCUCGGUCGCGGGCUCCAGCUCCAACGCCACGGUCGCAGCCAACAUCACCCACGAGGCUUUCGAGAUUAGCGUCAUCCAAAUCAGUAGCAUCCUCACCCCGGUCGGAUUCAACAGCGCCACCGGAGAUCUGAUCCAGGUUCUCACGAAGUUCAACGUCUACACCAUGUUCAUCAGCCUGCUCAAGGAAUCAGCAGUCGACAGCAUCUUCGCAGGCAGGCAGACCGGUGGGGGAAUCACCGUGUUCGCCCCCACGGACUCGGCCUUCAACAGCCUCGCCUCCGGAUCCAUCCAAGGCCUCAGCGUCUCGGACCUGAAGCUGCUGAUGCAGUACCACGCUCUGACCUCGUACCAGCCCCUGAGCGUUCUGCAGAACAUGGUGAACUCGCCCGUGUCCACCAUCGCCUCCACCAUCGCCUCCGGCUACCUUCUGAACGUGAGCUCCGCCGCCAAGACUGUAACUCUGCACACGGGAGUGAGCGUCGCCACCAUCCAGGAGACUCUGUACGACGCCACGCCCACCACCAUGUUCGGCAUCGACCAAGUUCUCUUGCCCUCGGAGCUCUUCAGCAAAGCCGCCCUGGUCCCUUCUCCUGCCGAGGCUCCCGUCCCCGAGGCUGCCCCUGGCCCUAAGGAGGCUAAGGCUCCCGGUGCGGCUCCCGACGCUGCUCCCGGACCUGAGAAGCCAGCCGGCUCAACUGCCAGUGUGGUUUCUAUGAGCGUAGUUCUGUCCGCGGUUGCUCUCAUCGCCUCGUCGUGCCUCGCAGCUUUGUGAAAUUUUGUAUAGUAUUAUUUGGUCUUGGUCGUUUUGGAAUAACUUAGAUACUUCAUUAAAACUCACAAUUAUAGUUGUAUUUUUUCCUGGCAGAAAUUCUUUGUCCCAAUUGAAGGGAUCGAUUUGACGAUUCUAGAUUAGCGUAGAUAAUAGUACUUUAACUUCAUACAUCUGUUUUUUGAAAAAAUGCUAGCUCAAUAAAUUAAAUUGCCUGCUGGAAUGAAUAUUUACUGCCA